GAAAUUCAAGCCUGGACCAGCGUUAACAAACUGCCUACAAACGAGGACAAAACUAAGGUUCUCACGAUUACUGGAAAGAGGCUUAAAUCAAAACUGAAUAGUGAGCUUUCUGUUAGGACUGACAGCGAUAAUACCCUAUGUAAUGUAGAAAAAUUAAAGUGCAGCCUUGUUGGAUUUAGAAACUGAUAGCAAGUUAUCGUUCAAUGCACAUGUUAAUAAAAUAUUCCAAAAGCUCGCCUCACGAAUUGCGGUGCUGCGAAAAAUACGAGCCUUCUUACCGCUUAUUCAGCGUGUUAAAUACUAUAAUGCGGUGA